GCAUCGACGGCGUCGUUGAUUCUUUGUCGGCUCUCGCGAGGCAACUCUUCUUGACGCAGUCAUUUGUAAAUUCUCUCCUCCUCCUUCCUUCCUUCCUUCUCUUCCUUGCCGUCGCCAAUCCAAAUCCGUCGCUUCUCUCGCGUUAGGCCCGAAGCAUCGACGAAGGAAGAAGAGCAGCAAAGAGAAGACCGAGUCGUUUCCUCUCCGGAUAACUCAUUGCAGAUCAAAGGGAAGCGGUAGGUGGAGGUUGUUGGGUGUUGCGCGUCGCAAUCUUCUCCUCCUACUCUACCUUCACUGCCCGCUCUCAUAAACAACCAAGAUUGCAAGAAUGCGAGGGAAGGGAGCAACAGUUAAGAACUACUUUGUUCUAAACACCGGGGCUAAGAUUCCUGCCAUUGGGAUUGGAACAUGGCAAUACGAAGAUGACUUCUGUGUUGAUGCUGUGGCAGCAGCGUUGACAGUUGGUUAUUGCCACAUUGACUGCGCCCAUCUUUAUGGGAAUGAGGUGGAGGUUGGGAAGGCUUUGUCCAAGGCUUUUGAAGGCGGGAUCAAGAGGGAGGACUUGUUCUUGACUUCAAAAUUGUACUGUGCUACUAAUUCACAUAAGAGAGUUGAGAAUUCUGUAAGAGUUUCCUUGAAAAGCCUUGGAAUCUCCUACUUGGAUCUGUAUCUAGUGCAUUGGCCUGAGUGCUCAUCUUUUGGAGAUGCAACUGAUCCUUCUUGGAAAUCAGCCAGCGAGUAUAGGCAGUUCUCACAGAGGUUAAAACCAACCUGGGAGGCCAUGGAAAGUCUUGUAAGGAUGGGGAUUGUUCGUGCAAUUGGUGUUAGCAACUUCAAUAUUCAGCAAAUUAGUGAAUUACUUCAGUUUGCGAAGAUCAUGCCAGCAGUCAAUCAGGUGGAAUUGCAUCCCUUCUGGAGGCAGGAGGAACUAGUGAAAUUCUGUCAAGAGAAAGGCAUCCAUGUAUCUGCUCACACCCCGCUCGGAGUACCCACCUCUCGUGGGUGCCCAACUGCUAGUCCUGGUUUUUCUGACAGUGGAUCAGAGGACGAAGUCGGUACUCCUAGGUUAACAUUUCGAAGAUCAAGAUCAGUGCACGGACCAAUGAUGAAGCUCUCCGUGGUCGCAGACAUAGCUGAACAGCAUAAUAAGACACCAGAACAGGUGAUUCUAAGAUGGGGGCUACAGAGGGGAACCAGUGUGUUGCCUUGCAGCCUAAAUCCCGAGAGGAUUAGGAAAAACAUCGACAUCUUCAACUGGUGUCUGACUGAUGAAGAAUGGAACAGGAUGAAUAGGAUUGAGCCGCAAAUAUGCCUGUUCGGAAGUGGUCCGGCCAAUACAUCAGAUACCAGCUUCUUUUCUGCGACGGGUCCCCUUCAGGCUGUGCAUGAGAUCGAAGAUGACGACGAAUAGUGGUAGUUACUGUCGUUUGAUUAUCAAACUACUUUAAAAUCAUCUGGGAGAGGAAGUUGUCGAAAAUUUCUUCAUGUAUAUGUCCUGCCUAUCACUCAAUCUAUUCGUCAGCAAAUAUUAUUAUGAUGUUUUUAUAAUAUAUUCAUCUAGUCCAUGGUAGUUGCGAAUGGGCCUAGAUUAGUUAAACAGUUAGAUAAUUUGGUUUGGUGUAGCUUGUGGUAGCUUGGGUUGGACAGAGGUCAUAGUUUACGAGAAUGAUCAAUAAACGAAGUGAUUGUUUUCUCUUAA